AUGGACGGCUACAAUCUCACCACGGUGACUCACUUUAUCCUCAUGGGGCUCUCUGACCUCCCUGAGGUGCGCUAUCCUCUCUUUGUGUUCUUUGCCGUCAUCUACCAGGUCACCUUGGUGGGAAAUGGGGCCAUUCUCUUGGCCAUCAGGAUGGAGAAGAAGCUGCGUACACCCAUGUAUUACUUUCUGGCCAAUCUGUCCCUCUUAGACAUAUUCUGCCCAUCAGCUACUGUCCCCAAGAUGCUGGACAACCUCUUGACUGGGAAUCACAGCAUUUCCUUCCUGGGCUGUGCUUUACAGGUUUACUUCCUGGUGGCACUAGUAGGGACUGAAUUCUUCCUUCUCAGUGUCAUGGCUUAUGACCGGUAUGUGGCCAUCUGCUUCCCCCUUCGAUACAAUCUCAUCAUGACCGAGGCUCGCUGUGCCCUGCUCACAGCUGGGACCUGGGCAGCAGGGUUUCUCAAUUCCCUCCUUCAUACUGUGUCCACCUUCUGCCUGUCUUUCUGCAAAUCCAAUCGGAUUAACCAGUACUACUGUGACAUCCCCCCAUUGGUGGCCCUCUCCUGCUCAUCCAAGUCCAUGAUAGACAUGGUCGUGUUAGUGGAAAGAGGGAUUUUGGGGAUUGGUGCCUUCUUGACCACAUUUAUCUCUUACAUCUACAUCAUAUCUGCCAUCCUGAACAUUCAGUCUGUGGAAGGUAAGCGCAAAGCCUUCUCCACAUGUGCUUCCCACCUCCUGGUGGUCUGCUUGUUCUAUGGCACAGCCACAUUCACCUACAUGCAACCCUCUUCUCAUGGACGCUCUCCCGCUGGCCACAGCCUCAUCCCCAUGCUCUAUGGGGUUAUUACCCCAAUGUUAAACCCCAUGAUCUACAGCUUGAGGAACAGAGAGGUGAAAGGCGCAGUCAGCAGGGUCUUCUGUCAUGGAACAUGUUCACAGGAAAUGCAAGAGUAA